AUGAGUUCUCAACCAAAGACUGUUAUCACCAUCUCAGGCCAGCGAGCACCUAACCGCGAGGACGCCUCAGAGAUUUUCCCGGGCGUGAACCCUCAAGCUCUUGAAGUACCACAAGACACGCCGAAAUUGGAGUAUGGUCGCCUUCCAAAUUCUACCAGCUUUCGUCUUCUUCAGGUUCUAUCAGACGGCGGCCAAGACAUUUUACGAUGCCGGAUGUUUGAUGCAGACCUUGCUACCCAAGACACUCCGAGAUAUAUCGCGUUGUCUUACACAUGGCAUGAAGAGAGUCUGCCCAACAUAUUCCGGCCCAUAUUGAUCAAUGAAAAGUACCUGGCCAUUAGCCUGAAUCUCUGGAACUUCCUCCAGAAUUACCGCCAGACAGCCGGCGAGCGCAUCAUUUGGAUUGAUCAGAUAUGCAUCAACCAAGACGACCAGGAUGAGCGUGUGCAGCAGAUCGGGCAAAUGUGUGCAAUAUAUGAGCGCGCCUCUAUGGACCUUUUCUGGAUCGGCGAACCGGACGAACACACGGAGGAUGUCAUGGACAUGCUGGUGUCGCUGAAUCGUCUGGAGAUGUCCCACUCGGCCUCGGGCCAUCAGCGUCCUAGCAUUGAUGCUCUGCUUAACCCUAUUUACAUGUAUGCUGUUGAAUUGCCAGUUUAUCCCUCCCCAAAAUGGGGUGCUCUCAUGCAUUUCAUUUCCCGGUCCGCAUUCAAACGUGCCUGGAUCAUUCAGGAAAUCGCCGUUUCUCGGAACGCCUCGAUAUUCUGUGGGUUGUUGAUGCUACCCUUUGAUGUUCUCGGAAGAGCUGCCACAUUCCUCGUCGAAAGUUCCUGGAUCAAGCAUCUUCACGAUGAGUACAAAGUGUCUGGCGCCGCGGGAUUUCUGACGGGCAUGAUGAACUGCCGCAUGCGGCAUCGGGAGGGAGAACGUCAGAGUCUGGAUCUCUUGCUGGCAUCGACCCGGCGUUUCAAGGCUACGAUGCCGGUCGAUAAGAUAUUUGCCCUGAUGAACUUGGCCGAGAGUCGGAGGUCUGAGCCUCUGCCACCUCUACUCCGACCAGACUAUCGAAAGUCGGUAGUCGAGGUCUUCCGGGAUGUCACCCUUCACCUCAUCAGCCAAGGCUCCCUUGACAUCCUUUCUGGUAUCGAGGAUGUGAAAUUCCGGCAUUUUCAUCAACUUCCAAGUUGGGUACCCGACUAUAGUGUGCAUCAGGUUGUUUCUAUUCUCUGCAUGCCACCUAGGAGCGGAAACUCGACUCUGUACGCUGCUGCUACAGGACGGCAGGUCGAAGCUCGAUAUUCAUCCGCCGACCCAAACACCCUGGUGCUGUCGGCCUACAGGUUCGACACGAUAGAAAGAAUUGCCCCCUUGGCAGACCAAGCAAGUCAGAUUAGAUUGGAGAAUUGGGGGAGCAUGCUGGACUUUGGGGCACGAUAUCCGUCCGUUAAUGGCGAAUCUGGCACCAUGAUUGACGCAUUCUGGCGCACGCUGAUAGGAAACAUCGGCCUAGGAACGCACGAGUAUCCAGUGCCACAAGAGUGGAUCCAACAUUUUGCUGCAUUUGCAUCGCAAGCUAGGGAGGAACUCUCACAGUAUCUUGCGAGCUCCCAUGCAGCUCCAAGGGAAGAAGGCGAGACUUCAAGCUUGACCCCUGGCAUCGACUCAAUACUUGGCGCGCUACGGAAUGUUUUCCCUCCUAAUGAAACCUCGGGAAAAGAUACUGGGCGGUUUGAGAGCACUAUGCACCAUAUAGCGUGGUCCAGAAGGCUCUUUGUCACAAAGGCUGGGUAUAUGGGCCUGGCACCUCCCUCUGCUCAGCAUGACGAUAUAGUAGUCCUUCUUUCUGGUGGGCGUGUGCCGUUCAUCAUUCGGAAAGAUAGUUUGGACUCCUCUGAGCAUUACCAUAUCGUGGGGGAGGCCUACGUUCACGGGAUUAUGGAUGGGGAACUCUUGAGCAUCAUAGACAGUAAGUGGGUAGACUUGAGCUUCCGAUGA